AUGUCUUUUCACUCGCAAAAAGCUUCCGCAGCUUCUAAUAACAACUCUUUCACAGGAUCUCCUUCCACCCCACGACCAGCUGCUGCCUCCUACUUUCCGGUUAUUCAGACCCCACGAACAGGCCUCAAUCCUUUCCUUCAAACACCAACUCCGCCGCCGACGCAGUCAAAACCUUCAGGAAGAACAGGGACACCGUUUACCCCUGGUAGUGAAGCGAAUUUAAUAAAUCGGUAUAGCAGAUCCUUUUAUACAAUUGAAGCUACAUUGUCGUAUGAAGAUCCAUUAUGUCCUCCGAAUUUAAUGCGAAAAAUUCUAAAUGACAAAUUCAAAUACCUUGAAGAGUGUCUCGGUAGUUUUGAUAAGAAGAGUCUCAAAGCAACCUCACAACCAGUUGUUCAAAAGUUUGAUAUCAAUGACGCGUCAAUUGUAAGUAACCUAUUACUUCUUGAAAAGAGCGAAUGUGAAAUGCUAAUUCAAAGGUUCAAAGCCGAAAAUGAAUUGUGGACAGAGUAUACGGAGGAUCGAUUACGUGAGGCCAUGGUUUCUCACUAUGCUACCGAACGAAUAAAACUCGUCGAAAUUGUCUGUGAUUUAUUUCGGAUAUAUGACAACCCCGAGACAUUCUAUUAUGAAGUUGCUACGGAUAUUGUGGGAAGACUUUUGCAGACAGGGACGUUUGAUGACCACAUUUUCGCUCAACUAGUUCGAAAGUUUGAUACUAAUAGCAUACCGCCAGAAUAUACACGAUCGGGGUGGACGCAACAGACAUUGAAGGAACAGAAGGCAUUAUUGGAAUUGCUGUAUUUACGAUAUUACGUAAAACCCUGCCCGCCCAGACGCAUUGUAGAUAUAUUCACCUUUUUCGCGGAAAAUAGAUUUGGGCUUGACCAAUCUAUCGAAUUGUAUAUUGAUAGAGUUUCCCUACCAUUGGUUGAAACCAUUCAUCAUCUUUGCCAACUGCUCACAAUAUCUCUACUAUACGAAGAGGAAUUUCUUGAUGACGAAGAUAAUCAGCUUCCGUAUCAACCAAAUGACGAGAAACUAUUACAUUCACCCCAAGUUCUGGUUCGAAUAUUUGAACUAGUUACCAACACAAGCGAGGAUAAAUUGGAUUCGCUAUUUCUCCUGGCUUGGGCCUCGUAUGCAUUGAGCUUGGUUGAGAUAUUAAACAGAGAUUGCCCGGACGCAUACGAUGACGUGCAAAGAACAAUUACACCAAAUGUUGCUACACAUUAUAUUAUCAGAUCAAUCAAAAGGGGUGUGUUCGAUGACUUAGCUAGCCUUGUCAAGGGACCGUGUUUCAAGGAAGACGUAACUGAUCUCGGUGGAUAUCAAAAAGUUACAAAAGGCUUGAUGGAUAUUGUUAUGGUGCAUGCACCCCCGCAAUAUCUAGGAGAAGAAGUGUUCAUUUCUUUUGUGGAUUGCUUUGUAGCGCUGCACAGAAGAAGUAGCAGUUUAAGCACAUUGUUCUGGGAUGAUUACGUCUAUCAUGGUGGAGAUGUUUUAUUGGAUGCGGCGAUGGCUAAGUUUCCGAGCAACCCUCACUCAUUAAUUCAGUUGUUAACAGCCCUUGCGUCUAACGAGACGUCUGCUGAAAAUGUAUAUACGUAUUUGCGAAAUAUUUCUACAUGUACUACGGAAGUUAGUGAGCAGCAGAUACAUUUCUUGAAUAUCGAGCAAGGCAUAGUAGAAUUCAUUGGAACUGAUCCUCGUGAUGACACAUAUGAAAGUAUACUCGAGAUGCCUGUAAAAACGUUGGGAUUAUUGGUCGAACGACUCCCAGGGAAUAAGUACAGGGUGCAAUGGGAGGUUUCAUACUCUGCGUGGAGCCUUUUUCUGAGAAUUCUGAGCAUAUUUUCACGUGGUGAACGUAAUCUGGUUUUAAUCAAGUCUGCAUCGGAAGAAGACGACAAUUUCUCCAUUAUUGGCGAUAUUAUUUCUUUAAUUAAGGAGUUGGCAGUUAACAUAGCCUCACCACCCGAUGUCAAUGCUAUGGUCGACAUGUCGCUAGAUAUCCGUUUAUUUAUUGAGGAUCUUAGUAAGCAAUUCCAGGUCACGGAGAAAGAAAUAAUAAUUCUAUUCUAUCAAGUAAUUGAUCGCUUGGCGUUGACUAAACCACCGCCGAUCGACAUGAUUGGUGACUCUUUGCAAAUAUUGAGAGCACUGUUACCGGCUUAUUACGAAGAUGUCUGGUACAUUCGACAGACUGUGCUACUAACCCGCAAAGUAUCCGUUACACCAGCCGGACAUACUGAUGGAAAGUUAAAGCAGAUACUCAGACAAGAAUGUAUCAAAGCUCGUUAUCCAGUGACCUUGGCUUUUCUAGAUUUGAUACUUGAUCUUGUGACUCAUACACAACAUAGAUGCUUAUUCAAAUCAAAGGCGGUGGAGAAGAUUAAAGACAUUCAAUUGGACGUACUUCUAUCAUGUCUCUCAUAUAUUUCUGAUGUCAUUUUUUUGUCGUUCGAUAACUGGCGAUACAAUGAUCCCGCAGAACGAUUCUUGAUAGCUUCAAAAAUGUUAACAAUUUUCACGAGAAUUGUUAUUGGUACUUCAAACAAAGAGCGGGAUCCUGCUUAUGACGAUCCUAUGUUAGACGUUUCGGGCGAUGAAAUACAGACAUCUUUGCAAGAUUUUAUUCUGCGAAAGUUUAUCUAUGAUGGCGCGCAUCAGAUAAUGCCAUUAUUCUUACUUAUUGCAAAAGCGCGUGAGACUAGCCUUUAUUCUGGAAAUCAAGUCAGCGUAAGAAUGCUUGACGCAGCUAAUUCUGCGUUGGAAAUGUCGUUGAUGUUUUUGUUUCAGUUAUUGAAGAGGCGAGAAGUUGCCAAAAUUCAAGUGCAUUUAAUAGAGAAUCUUUUGCUGGAUAGAAUUAGUGGUCCUGAUAACAAAGGAUGGAUUUUUGUUCUGGCUUCAUGCCUCAAAUCGUCGCACUCUUUUGUUCCAAUGCUAGUUGCGGAGAUACUAACUUUGGUAUUUACGAUAGCUAUGAAAUGGCAAAAAUCGUUCGUUGGAUAUUUCGGAACGCCCACCGAAGUCAGGGAAAUGGAAAUAUUACUUAUGCGCUUAUUAGAAGAUAUCUUUAAUGGUAAUGAAAUGAUUCAAGCAGCUAUAUUGAAUUUCGUCACUGUUUCUACAGAGGCGCAGCUCGGUUUAUUUAUUACGGAAGCGUCCACGGCUGAUAAAAAGGGCAAGAAAAUCGAGGAUUCGAAAGAUGUGAAGCCGUAUCCCCUCGCGAAAGCAGUUCUUAAUAUAUUAGACAAAUGGAAAGUUAUACAGGAAGAUACGCCGAUGAUUUUGGUGGCAACCCUUCGAUUAGUAUAUGGUUUAUCCAAAGGAGGAAAAAGUCCUACUCAUUCUUGGCAAGUCCUAAGAACGAACGACAAGUUCUGGAACAUAAUAACUACAAUUCUUUUUGAUGAUUUGGAUGACGCAUAUUCAAUGGAACAAACGCUGGACGAUGCUAACAUUGACAACGGUUAUGACCAUGAUCUCAUAAGAGUGUCUGGAUACAAACUUUUAGUUCGGGCAUAUAUAUUUAAAAUAUUAUCUAUGGAAAUACGGACAGCCUUUGCGAUGAGAAAAGGUAUUCCAUCUACGUCUUCUGAUCCAUUUAGUGUGUUGCCAAGCCCCACUUUGCGAAAAACGUUUGAAGAAAUACGACAAACGAACAAGUUGCUUACAUGGCUUCAACUCUACGGUCAAGUAAAUUUGUCGACAGACGAUCCGGAGAUUGUAAAGAAGAAAAGAGCUCACGGUUCUAUAAAGUUUGAACGGCUGCGUGUUCUUUAUUGGAGUGACGAGUAUGAUGUCACUCGUCAAUAUGGGGACAACUUCGCCUAUGACAGGCGUGCAUUUCUGUCCAGCGGUCGUGUCACUGCAGAUAUUCUAGACAUUGGAAAUGUACUCGCUUCAAUAAGUCAUCGUAAGUCACGCAUGGAUGCUCAAAUGCGCCUGCUUCGAUCGUGGAAAGAAUUCGCUGAAUUAACUUCUGCCCAGUUCUCUACAGUCUUUUUUAAUCCAAAGAGAGAAAAGGACUUGUUAUGGUUGAUGCUAAAUGAAUUGGGUACAAAUCUGGCUAAAAUUACAGCCGGUAAAGAUCAGGAUGCAUCAUCCCUGAAAUAUGAGCUUGCCUCCUUAUUUGCUAAACUCUUAGAACAAACACCAAUGGACAGCGAGAAUUUUUUGUGGUCUUUUACUGAAAUGGUUAUUCUACUACAUGAUGCGAUAAUGAGUGACGUGCGUGUAUUUGAGGAGUCUAUUGAAGGACAUAUAACACCUGCGUUUCACCGUCCUAUUUUACAAUCUCUACUUCUCUGUCUUCGAGGUGCAGAAAUUGACAAGAUUGAAGCGGGUGAAAAUAAAUCUUGGACGCUGUUUCAUGAUAGCUGUCACAAAUUGCUUAGUAGAAUAUGUUCGAUACUUUCGCAGUUAAUCACUGACAGACUUCCAAACGGAGAAGUAAGCAAGGACGUCGUUACAAUUAUCGCUAUAUGUGAGAAACUAUUGAAUUCAAAAUUCAUACCGUACGAACAAGUGUGGCUGGAGAUUCUCGAUCAACACGACAUUAUUCCGAAAUUUAUAAACUUAUUUGCUUUAUCAUUGUCUCAGUCACAGCAGGAUCGACCAGUGUUUGCAGAUAGCGCAAUGUAUUUUCUCUUGUUUUUGGCGAAACAUCCUCUUACUGCGAGUCGAAUGUGGAAUUCAGGGAUCAUGGCUUUCUUUUUGAUUAAUCCCCUUUCAGCUGCACUACAAGAAGGUCGGCUUCAACCGAGUUUAUCUAAUGAUGAUCAUGCUGUGUGGCAGUUAAUGCUGGCUAUAGUAACGAGAAUGCUGUGUACUAUAGGUGAUAACGAGGAUCUCUUGCGUGACGUUAUCGGAUUUGUUCAUCUGUACGGCAAGCAAAUUAGGCGAGCACUGAGUUGUAAUGCUCCGAUUAAUCUGAAAUAUUUGAAGGAAAUUGAGCGGACGACAAUGUUACUGUAUAAGUUAUCGUUAUAUGUUUACCCAUUUGGCGCAAUAGAUAUAAAAGACAUGAAUGAGCAUUAUACAGGCUGCUCUACGCUAUUAGUAAAGAUUCAUCACCUAUUUACUCAUCCAAGAUAUGCAUCUGUGGUUGCAGUUCCUUUGACACCCGAAGAAAAACAACUAUCUGCUCAACCGAUUCUUAAAGAGAUCCAAGGGGCAUGGUUUAAAAAUGAAUCUAUCAACGUAUUUCCUGACUCGGAACCUUCAGUGGAGGACAAACGAACUAAAUUCACGGAACGCGUAAGACAAGAACUAUUAUUCAUUUCACGUAAUAUACUAGCUAUAUACGUUCAGUUGACAAGAACGCAGGACGUUCUAUCAAUGAUCACUAAAAUUGCUUUCUCCGAGAUCGUACUUUAUUUUGAACCUGAUCUUAGCACACCUCGCCCCACCGUGGCAUCGACAGAUGGAACAAUUGUAGAUACUAGAGAUUUUGGUCCGGCGACCAUCCUCACAUUGAUUGGGUUUAUAGAGCAUGGGCUAGUAUUGCUCAAGAUUUGGGAGCAGUGUUUGAGCGUGUCGAUGUCAUCGGAUUUAGGCUUCUGGCGGGAUACCUGGAAGAUUACCUUGAUGCUAGUCGAAUACGCAUCUGUGUUGGCGGCAUCGCAGCUAAUUGUGAGCCUUGGGGUACAACCGCAAUUGGAGGAUGAUAUUAAUUAUUUAGCGAUAGAAGUCAAGAAUCGAUUAGAGAAGGUAGAAAAUGUUAUCGGUAGAUUGAAGAGAAGUCAGAGCAAUAAUGCUAAAUUUGCAAAAGAUGACUUGACUUCGUCGGAGUUCAUGUUGGUAGGUUUGAAACGUGUUAUGAAUGAAAAGUUCCCACUCGAUAGAGAUGAAAUGAUGAUAUAUCGAUAG